AGAUUGGUGGUCAGCAGCCAUGGCAGGAGGGAUGGGGGCGUUCUGGGGAAGCAGGGUGAUGGAGAUAGUGAAGAAGCACGACUCUGGAGGUCUUGUUUGGAAGAGAAUCAAGCUGACUUCCACCCGUAAAGCCAACGCCAAAACCCGCCUUCGCCGCGUUUGGCAGAAUGAGGCUGUUCUAAGGGCAUGCUCGGAGUCUCCUUCAAAAUCGUCGGACUCUGCUGCUGCUGCUGCUGCUGCUGGCAGUACAGCAAGUUCUAGCAAUUAGGCCAAUAGACAGGAGUAAAUCCAUGAAUACUCUGGAAGAGCUUCUGACAUGUUUGUUACUUCAUCCUUGUAUCAUCAUCAUCGGGGAUUAUAAUUGACUUCCCGUUGUUUCCUAGCUCAACUAAAUUACAAUACUCUUGAUUUUGGCAACACUAGUUGGGGAGAUCCCUUGCAAGUGAAUAAGUUUUUGAUAGCUGAUAAGGUGGAGUUGCGUGCCAAAGUGGAAAAAGAGACACUUACAGGCGUGAACUGUGUCUUUCAUGUGACCUUGUCUGGUAGUUAAUGUCAAGUCUUAUUGUCA